UUAAGUUAUGUAAAGCUAAAACAAUUUACUGUCUAUGUAUGUUUUUGUCCUUUCAUUAAAAUAUGUUUGAUUUACACAAUGUGCUGAAUUACUCUUCUGUUUUGCUGGUAAUAUGUUUAAUUCUUGGAGGACACCAGUCAUUGUAAUUUCAGUUUUUGUUGUGCUCAGUGUCAUUGCUGGAAUACUGAUAGCUGUGUUUUAUCAUAAAAACAAAGAACACAAUCAACUACAGAAUAAACACAGUCAGCUACAGCAUGAGAAGAGGAGAAUACAACAUGAAUUUUCUUUAGAACAUGAUCAACUUUUGAGAACAAUUCUGCCUAAAGCUCUUACAUAUUUAAGAACAUACAAGGUGAAUGUGAUUCUGGAUGCUGAUACGGCUCAUCCACAUCUCAUCAUGUCUCGUGGUGGGAAACAAGUGAGAUAUAAAAACACACAAACAAAAGGAGUAGAUGGAGGAAAAGACAGAUUUGAUCAGUAUCUUGGUGUUGUUGGGAAGGAUGGAUUCUCCUCAGGGUGUUUCUACUUUGAGGUGCAGGUGAAGGGACAAACUGUGUGGGAUUUAGGAGUGACCAGAGAAUCUGUUAACAGGAAGGACUGGAUCAGUCUGAGACCUGAGAAAGGAUACUGGAUUGUGGGACAAAGACAUAGAGAGUAUCGAGCUCGUAAUUCUCCUGAUUACUCUUUUUCUCUGAAUGCGAAUCUUCAGAGGGUCGGUGUGUUUGUGGAUUAUGAGAAGGGUCUCGUCUCUUUUAAUGAUGUGGAGUCCAAAUCUCAUAUCUACUCUUACACUGAUCAGUGUUUUAAUGAGAAACUCUAUCCAUUUGUUUGUUUGGGGUUUAAUAGAAAUACAAACUCCACACCACUGAUCAUCUGUGAUGAUUACUAAUGAGAUCAGUGAAUUUACAUGAUCAACUAAAAUAAAAGAAAAUGCAAUUAAAAUAGUAACAGCAAUAACUAGAUAGUAAAGUUCGAAGACAAACUUUGAAGUUGGUUUGAGAACUUUUUUUAGUAGAAACUGCAGAGAAGAACAUGUAUGUACAAACCUAUGAGCUUUCAGGAUGAGCAGUGUGUUACAUAAUGUUGUCUUGAAUAAAGAGAUAUAUUAGACAUCAAGUACAAUGUAGAGAAAGAUGAGCACUUCGAAAUGUAUAUAAACCUGUAAAACUCACUGACUGUCACACAUUUGAUUUCAAGGAAGAACUCAAACAAAAAGGAAUACUUUGUCAUCUUUUACUUACUGUCAUGUUAUUUCAAGCUUUAGUGGAACAUGAAAUAUGAUGAUAUGCAGCAUGUUCUCUUGCAGCAUGUUCACUUGCUGCUCUUUUUAAUACAAUUAAAUGGCAAAGAAGCAUAAU